AGUGCGCAUGUGACCAACAAGCAUCAACAAUACAGCAUGUCUUGCAAACCGAGAAGAGAUCAUAUUACUUUGUUUUCAUUUAUUGCAACGCUUUGUUUGUUCACGUUUCAAGUAAGUCAUUCGGUAAGUUUAGGACAAAGAAAGGAAGGUUUACCUGCUUACCAAGUUCAUGACAACGACCAGCAGCAGGGCCCAGGUUUGCCCAGAUCCAACCCUCCGGAUCUCACCGAGCUACGGCCUGAAUCUGUGAUUUCCCUCGGAGAACCGGACCCACAUAUCAGACACAUCCGAGUGGUUGAAAGGACCUCGACUUCUGUCUCGAAAAAUGAAUAUAAAGCUGAUUUUACAGGUUUUCAUGUGCAGGGGAAGGUGUCUGGCCCCACCUCCAGUCCAUAUUUCUCAAAGUGGCUAGCUAUGAGCCCCUUAGUGAAGUGUGCUGAUGGUGUCAUGACCUUCACUGCCGCUGGAGAAGAAUUCACACACCUGUUAGUAGACAGAGGGACAGCUUCUCCAAUCUCCCUGUCCCAGUUACCUCCAUACUGUGGUUACUUGGUGAAGAUGUCAUGGAGUGACCUCGAGAUGACUGUGCCUUAUGAUGCAUGUUACAUUACACAGGAGAAUGGCAGUUAUGUGCUGCCCAUGUUGUGGUGGGGCAGCCCACUGAAGCUCUCCUGUCCCGUGCAAGCGUCCUCUCACUCGGCCCCCUGGGUGUUCUGCUCCCCCUACGGCAUGGCAUUGCAGAUGCAGGGACAGGAGCAGGAUAUACAGUUACUGGGAUUCGUAGUCAAUGGAGGUUGGGGUCCAUUUGUAUCUCAAGAGUGCGCGUACCGUGUCUCCUCCAGUCCUGGGAAUCUCGCCUUCUUCAUCUCCUACAGUGCUGCUUGUAUCACACAUUCAGGUGGUCUUCAUCUCCAGUUUGUAUUAGAUGAUGAGACAUACAUCCUCUCCUGCCCAGUUAAUCCUCAGUUUCCCUACAACCCAGAUACUGUUAGCUCUUCAACCACCCCUCCUCCUCCUCCUACUACUACUACUACUACUCCUCCUCAGCCUACAACCCAGGAGCAUUUUGCUCAGCUUCCUCACUUCCCCAAUUAUCCCUAUCCAGGAUUCCAGUACCCACAGUUUCCCCAGGUCUUCCCUUCUGGACCACAACCUGCCCACACCCCUCAUCCCACAUCCCCUCCAGCUACCCACCCACCCAAACAUCCAGCAAGUCUUUAUUACCCUGAGUAUUAUCUUCAGAUGCCCUAUUAUCCUGAACCCACUGCGGCACCAGUGACCCAGUCACCAGCUCCUCUCACACCCAGCCCGCUGUCACCGAAACAACCUGCUGAUCCAGAGUACCCUAUCUAUCCAUUCUAUCCUCCCGCUUAUUUUAAUUUUUACGAUGGAAUGUUUUCCAACCCUGGUGUUGGGGUGCAGCCUGCUCCUACUUCACAUCCUGCCAUCACUACACCUUCCCCUGUUCCACCUACAAUCACUAGGACAAUGGUUCCCAAACAGCCCGACCUUCCCAGCUAUCCCUUCCACCAGUCUUCCCCUAAACAAACAAUUCAUUUUCCACAUGUCACAGCUCCGCCACAUGCCAAAGAGAUGGCUCAGACAGUUACUCAGGAAACUCAUACACCAACCACUCAACCCAACACUCACACCGUGUGUGUCCACCCCCCGCAUCCCUAUUAUCCCCACCAUCCUCUCUACCCGCCACACAACCUUCCAUCGUACCCCAAUCAUCCAGUGACACAUCCUCCAACCAUCACCACCACCACCACCACCAGUACCACUACGAUCCCUACUACUCCUACCUACACAAGUUAUCCAGUUUCCCCUACAGCUGCACCCACUCCACAGCACCACCAUUUCAAGUGUCUGAUGGGGGCGAUAGUUGUCUUCCUGCCUUUUGCUCACCCAGAAUCCAUCCAGGUCAGAGACGAAAUGAUGACGUGGCUGUUCGUCUCCAGUGUGUCUUCGGAGUGUAGGUACAAGCUGAAGAGAGCAGAGGGCUCUGGGGUAUUCCUUCACACUCCUCUGCCUGCCUGUCACAGCCAGCAAUUGACUCCCACGACUAUUUCCUUACCACUGCGGUUUUGGGACCUUUCCAUUGGGCAGUAUAGGACUCUGGACCUGCAAUGCCCGUAUCAAACUGCCCCUCCUGCAGUAGUUACCCCAUCAGUGUUUCCAACACCAGUCAGCACCCCCAAGGCCAAGGUCAGCCCGACCCUUGUUGUCCCAAAGCCUAAAGUCUUCUGCUCCUCCGAUAAGAUGGCUGUGGAGCUCGCCCCCGGUCCCAUCUCAGACAUUUUUGUUAAAGACAUCAAAGGGAACCAGAUGAUCCUCCAGGAUGCCCCAAAGGACUGUGGGUAUUCUGCAAGAAAAGGCAAAGAUGGCAAAAACCUUUUGAGUCUGGAGUUGCACUCGCGCUGCCACAUGAGUGUGCAGGGUAAAUUGUACAUCAUCACUGUCGUCUACCUGACGCUAAAUGGGCGACGGAAGGCUCGGCUUUCCUGUCCAGUUGUCAUCCCAAGGUCUGGACAAGAGUGCAACCUUCCCAUCGAACAGCGUCUCCCCUGCGGACUCCACUCUGUAUCCCAGGGUCAGUGCCUCUCCGUGGGCUGCUGCUUCAGCAAGCCUGCCUGCUACUACCCCAUGGAUGAAUGCACUAUUGACCGCCACUUUGUCUUCUCCGUGCCGGCCUCCCUCACGGACCCCCCUCUUUCCCCCGCCAUGCUUGUCGCUGCUGGCAACUCCACCUGCAAACCUGAGAGAGUGACUUCCGACUACGCCUUGUUCAAGAUCCCGAUGGAUGGUUGUGGGACACGCAGACUGAUGGCCGGAAAAACGGUGAUCUACAUGUUGGAGAUCAUAAACAAGGUUCAGGCACUCAGCCUCAACUACGGCACCAUCACAAGGGAUUCUCCUGUCAGGUUGUUGGUGGAGUGCAGGUUUCUGCCAGGCACCGUUCUGAGUGUGAGCUACUUGGUUAAAACUCCCACUCUUGGAUCUGAAGUUCAGACACAGGGGAUGUUUGGAGUGCAGCUCAGGAUUGCCAAAGACGCGCAGUACAGCAGCUUCCACCCUCAGUAUCACCAGCCCCUGCAAAUGCUGCUGGGGAAACCCCUCUACCUGGAAGUGCGGCUUCUCAACGCCCCGGAUCCCAGUUUGGUGCUGCUGGUGAACUUCUGUGUGGCCUACCCCCGCUCUGGGAAGGCUGUUUGGAUGCUGCUUUACAACGGGUGUCCCAACCCCUUGGAUCCAGCCCUGCAGCAAGCUGUGCUCUCUGAUCCCCGGCCUCCCUCUCCUCAGGCUCAGACCCGCCAUUUCACAAUCAGCACCUUCCAGUUCCUUCCUGAUGGCGACUUUAAGGACCCGGACGAGGAGAUCUACUUUAUGUGUUCGACUGAAAUCUGCUCGCCACGGGACGGGCCUUGUGUCGAGGGAUGCUUUGGCCAGUGACGAUCUGGACAUCACUUGUUCACCCACCAAUAAAAGCUCUUAAAAGGA